GUAUGUUUUUUCCUCAUUUCUAAAGUUCUUUAAUCCCACCUCCUGCCUCUCUCCCCCUCUCCUUUUAAAUCAUCUUUCCUUUGCCCUCAGAUUUGAAUCUCUUGGUCUGGCAUGCCCAAGAAAGAGCUGACACUCUGUUUUUAAGUGGCUCUGAAGUGAGUGAGAGAAUUUGUACGAAUUCCUCUGGCUCAGGAAAACGCGGAGACAAGGAUUGACUUAAAGAUGCUUAAGAAUAAUGUUACUGAUCAUAAACUAAAUGUGGAAGCCAUAAUUAAAAACAUUCACACAAUUUCUUUGGAGUUGAAGAAGAUGAAAGAUUUGCAUCACAUGCGGAUGCCUACAGCAGCCAUGGCCAAGGGGACUGGGACUACCAAAACCAGUUUGGACUGGUCAGAACUUGCUGCUGAAGCUGGGGAGAGGAAUACCUCAGAUGAAAUCAAGUUGUGCCACCAAGAAGAAGAAAGGGAGUGACUGUUAAUUAGGCACCAAAUAAGCACUCCCAGUUACUGCUUUGUGACCUUACUCUACAUUUUAGUCACCCUGUGAAGACAGAAGACUUAACAG